AUGAGUGAAAAACAUAAAAUAGAUGAUAAGAAUGAUUCAGAAGAUGAUGACGAUGAUGAUGAUUUUUGUCCAGCAAAAACUAAAGCAGAACAAUCUGAUCCAAGUGAUGAAUCAGCAGAAGAAGAUGGUGAUGAUAAUAAUGAAGAUAAUAAUGUACAGAUAGAUAAUACAAAGAAAAAUGAUUUAAAUAUUACACCAUAUGAUGAAUCUAAAACAGAAGAACUUUGGAAGAAUUUUACAAGUAGUACAAAAUCAUCAGAUACUCCAAAGACAACAACAACAACAACAACACCAGAAGUAGAAAAACCAAAACAAAUAACUAAAAUACUUGAUUAUGCCGGUGAAAAAGUAAUUGUACCUGUUACAACACCAACAACAAAUUCAUCUUUAAAACGACCAGCUUCAUCAGCAACAACAUCUAGUUCUUUACUCGAUCGUCUUGGCAUCGGUAAAAAGCAAAAAUUAUCAACAUUAGAAAAAUCUCGUCUCGACUGGUCUAAUCAUAAAGAAUCUGAAGCAUUAACAGAUGAUUUAGAUUCUCAUCGACGAAGUAAAGAUUCAUAUGUUGAAAGGAAAGCAUUUCUACAACGUUCGGAAGUACGUGAACAUGAUCAUUAUUUAACCAAUGUAAAAAAAAAAUAA